AUGACUAAUGGAGCGAGAUCUUCACUUUCUCUCAAUAGAAACUCACUGCAUAUCUUUAGUAAAAUCGCAUCAGCAAGAGGAAUAGCCUCAAACAUGUCUCCUCCAACAUGGCUCAAAUUCUCAGUCCCUUGGAAGUUGCCCACAACAUGUGCGAGAUCAAGCACGAUGCACUUCAAGUGUGGGAAUGCGUCGGCGAUGGCCCUGGCAACCGUCCCUAUGCCACCACCAAUGUCCACAAGGGAAUUUAACCCCUCGAACACCCCCUUUCAAUCUCUAACCACCACGCUAGUGACCAACCGGGCAUCACUAGACAUGGCGUCGUUAAAGAAAUGA